CCGACGUUGUUUUAUAAAACAUUCAGAAGAUGAACACCGAAAACCCUAGUUACUAGUUAGUGUUCCAUCUCCCACCGUCUCUGCCGAAAAUGCCUUUCAAGAGGUUCGUUGAGAUCGGGAGGGUUGCUCUCAUCAACUACGGCAAGGACUAUGGCAGGCUCGUCGUCAUCGUCGAUGUCAUCGACCAGACCAGAGCUCUUGUCGAUGCCCCUGAUAUGGUCAGGUCCCAAAUCAAUUUCAAAAGGCUCUCCUUAACCGACAUUAAGGUUGACAUUAAGAGGGUCCCUAAGAAGAAAGAUCUUGUUAAAGCCAUGGAGGAUGCUGAUGUUAAGAACAAGUGGGAGAAGAGCUCAUGGGGCAGAAAACUCAUUGUCAAAAAGAGAAGGGCUUCCCUCAAUGAUUUUGAUAGGUUCAAGCUUAUGUUGGCCAAGAUUAAGAGGGCAGCAGUUGUAAGGCAAGAGCUUGCUAAGCUGAAAAAGACCGCUUAGGCAGACAUAGCUUUCCCAUAUAUUGUUCAAAUUUUUCUUAUUAAGUUGCUUACUUUGGUUCAUGUAUCAUUGAGACACUAGUGAAAAGCUUCAUCUUCAGAUAUUUAUAUUAGGGAUUGGUGACAAUACUUUUUAAGUUUCCUAGUUUUGCCUUUGCUUGUGCUUGCAGAUUUCUUAAUAUUAUUUUUUUAAGAUAAACUUUAAUUGUUGCAA